AUGCCGCCGUUGAUCGCGCUCUGCAAGGGUCCAGAGAUUGCGGAGAAGCCGCCCAGGCGCCUCCACCUCUUGUCUGCGCAACCGCCAGCCGUCCCAGAGCAAGAUGCGGGUCUGGGACUGCACAACGAUGACCAGAGCGGCCUGUCCAUCAAUGGCGUUCCGGCGACGACGCGGACCAAGUGGAUGCGGGUCGCGAACGACGCUGUCCCCGAGAUCAUGGGCGAACCCUGUUCUCCUUUUCCCUUCGGUGUUGCCGUUGUCAACACGACAUCCGACGAGCUCGUCUGCGUUGCCGCCAACCAGGUCGGCGUGACUGGCAAUCCGAGCAUGCACGGCGAGAUCAGCGGGAUUCACCGCUGUACAGAGGUCUUAAAGCAGCGUGGACUGACCCCGAGCGAGAUCCUCGCUGUUUGGCGGUCUUUCUCGAUGUACACAACGGGCGAACCUUGCCCGAUGUGUGCAUCUGCUCUGCGCUGGGCUGGAAUGGGUGAGGUGAUCUGGGCAACCUCAAUCGAGACCAUCAUCAAGGGCGGUCGCAACCAGAUCUACCUCCCCUCCUCACUCAUCGUCUCCGCCUCCUACUCCCUCCCACACAUGACCCACUGGCUCGGCUCAAUCCUCUCAAACGAAACCGACCCGUACUUCCAGCAGCUCAAUGAGUCCGCUCCUUGCCCUGCUGCGUGCGCUAGGCAGAAUGUUCUCGGUCAGCGGGUGAGCCAGUGCGUGCCGACGAGCGGGUGGAAGGCGGAGUGGCAGAAAAGGAGGGGAAGCUGGGAGGAGAAGCUGAUGGAGACGAAGGGCGCAGUGGCGGAGGAGUGGUAUGGUGCCGCUGGAGGGAACCCGCAUGUGUACACUCAUGCGCACGACGAGUUGUAG